AUGCUGGUCGAGACAUUGGUUUCUAAGAUGUAUUACAUAAUAUGGACGUUGUUGCUUUUGUUCUGCCUUCACUGUAUCUUAUGGAGUCUUUUCUGGAAGGCGCGACGCAAUUUCAAGAAUCUACCUUCGUACUCUCAACUACCAUUCCUUGGUUCUAUACAUUGGUUCAUCGGGGGUGGUGCGAAGAUAUUUCGUCGUUUGAAGGAGUUAUCUAAAAUAAUGGAUGAUAGAAGGUUACCGUUCGUUGUUUGGCUUGGACCACAACCUUUGCUGUUAAUAAGUGAUCCUGAGGACGUGAAAACAGUUACUAACGGCUUCCUCGACAAGCCGUAUCUUUACGACUUCGGCCGCGACUGGCUCGGGAACGGCCUUGUUAUUGCACCAGGAGAAGUCUGGAAACGAAAUAUAAAGCUUAUAGCGGGCAUGUUUACCGGAAGUAUGGUAGAUGGUUUCCAACCGGCGUUUAAUAUAAAAGCGAGAGAAUUAGUUGAGAAAUUAAAAGAAGAAAAUAACAAACAGCCUUUUGAUGCGAUGCCCCAUUUAUCUUACAUAACAUUAGCCGCCAUUUGUCAGACUGGUCUUGGAGUAACAUACACAUCAGAUAGUAAGAAGUCUCAAGAAUACUAUGAAGCGUUCAAGAGUGCAUUGGAACUGCUCACAAAGCGAGGAUUAAAUCUGUUCCACCACUACGAUUACAUUUAUCGAUUUUCAUCAGAUCAUGCCAAGUUUGUAAGAAACGUAGCUGUUAUGCAUAAUCUAUCAAAUACUGUAAUCAAUCAAAAGAUACAAGAACGAAAGAAAAUGAGCAAGACCCAUACAGAUUCCACAAUUGAGGGUCCGAAAAAAGCCAGUUUUAAAACAGUAUUGGACGUUUUGUUAGAUCUAAAAGAAAUAGAUCCUAAUAUGGAUGAAAAUCAGAUUAGAUCUGAGGUGCAUACCAUUAUUGUUGGUGGACAAGAGACGGUUGCGGCCACGCUUGGUUACGUAAUGUUGAUGCUGGGUUCUCAUCCUGAUGUGCAAAAUAAAUUAUAUAAUGAAGUAAAGCAAAUAUUUGAAGGCAAUAAAAGCGAUUUGACAAAAGAGGAUCUUUCGUCGUUGGUUUAUUGCGAAGCAGUAAUACAGGAGACUCUGAGGCUGUACCCUCCCAUACCAGUAGUGACAAGGCAUGCUGAUCGAGAUCUUCAGAUAAAAUCAUGCACAAUACCAAAAGGUACACUGUGUUCUUUAAAUCUAUGGGGCGCUGGAAGAUCUCACCGUGCUUGGGGAGAGGAUGCAGAUAAAUUCUUGCCCGAACGUUGGCUUCUGCCGUGGACUUCGAGCAAUCUGGCUUAUAUGCCGUUCAGUAUUGGAAGAAGAUCUUGUAUAGGAAAAAGGUAUGCGACAGCAAUCCUGAAAACCCUUUUAGCUCAUUGCGUAAAAGAUUUAAUAUUUGCAUCAGAAGCUGACAAAUUGGAAUUCCAAAUGGACAUCGGCUUGAGGGCUAUAAAGGGAAAUCUGUUGGAGGUUAAAUUAAGAAUGUAUUACAUAAUAUGGACAUUGCUGCUAUUGUUCUGCCUUCACUGUAUCUUAUGGAGUCUUUUCUGGAAGGCGCGACGCAAUUUCAAGAAUUUACUUUCGUAUUCUCAACUACCAUUCCUAGGUUCUGUACAUUGGUUUAUCGGGGGUGGUGCGACGAUAUUUCGUCGUUUGAAAGAGAUAUCUAAAAUAAUGGAUGAUAAAAGAUUGCCGUUCAUUUUUUGGCUCGGACCACAACCUGUAUUGUUAAUAAGUGAUCCUGAGGACGUUAGAACAGUUAGUAACGGCUUCCUCGAGAAGCCGUAUUUUUACGACUUCGGCCGCGCCUGGCUCGGGACUGGCCUUGUUGUUGCACCAGGACACAUAUGGAAACGAAAUAUAAAGCUUAUAGCAGGCAUGUUUACCGGAAGCAUGGUAGAUGGUUUCCAACAAGUGUUUAACAUAAAAGCAAGAGAACUAGUUGAGAAAUUAAAAGAAGAAAACAACAAACGGCCUUUUGAUCCGAUGCCCCAUUUAUCUUACAUAACAUUAGCUGCCAUUUGUCAGACUGGUCUCGGAGUAACUUACACAUCGGAUAGUAAGCAGUCUCUAGAAUACUAUGAGGCGUUCAAUAGUAUAUUGGAACUGAUCCUUAAGCGAGCAUUAAAUCUGUUUUACUACUAUGACUGCAUUUACAGAUUUUCAUCAGAUCAUGCCAAGUUUUUAAGAAACGUAGCUGUUAUGCAUAAUCUAUCAAAUACUGUGAUCAAUCAAAAGAUACAAGAACGAAAGGAAAUAAUGGGUAAGACCCAUACAGAUUCCACAAUUGAGGGUCCUAAAAAAGCUAGUUUUAAAACAGUAUUGGACGUUUUGUUAGAUCUAAAAGAAAUAGAUCCCAAUAUGGAUGAAAAUCAGAUUAGAUCUGAGGUGCAUACCAUUAUUGUUGGUGGACAAGAGACGGUUGCGUCCACGCUUGGUUACGUGUUGUUGAUGCUGGGUUCUCAUCCUGACGUGCAAAAUAAAUUAUAUAAUGAAGUAAAGCAAAUAUUUGAAGACAAUAAAAGCGACUUGACAAAAGAGGAUCUUUUGUCGUUGGUUUAUUGCGAAGCAGUAAUACAGGAGACUCUGAGGUUGUAUCCUCCUCUACCAGUAGUGACAAGGCAUGCUGAUCGAGAUCUUCAGAUAAAAUCAUGCACAAUACCAAAAGGUACACUGUGUUGUCUAAAUCUAUUGGGCGCUGGUAGAUCUCACCGUGCUUGGGGAGAGGACGCAGAUAAAUUCCUGCCCGAACGUUGGCUUCUGCCGUCAACUUCGAGCAAUCUGGCUUAUCUGCCGUUUAGUACUGGAAGAAGAUCUUGUAUAGGAAAAAGGUAUGCGACAGCAAUCCUGAAAACCCUUUUAGCUUAUUGCGUAAAAGAUUUAAUAUUUGUAUCAGAAGCUGACAAAUUCGAAUUCAAAAUGGACAUCGUCUUGAGGGCUACAAAGGGAAAUCUGUUGGAGGUGAAAUUAAGAAUGUAUUAUAUAAUAUGGACGUUGUUGCUUUUGUUCUGCCUUCAAUGUAUCUUAUGGAGUCUUUUCUGGAAGGCGCGACGCAAUUUCAAGAAUUUACCUGCGUACUCUCAACUACCAUUCCUAGGUUCUGUACAUUGGUUCAUCGGGGGUGGUGCGAUGGUAUUUCAUCGUUUGAAGGAGAUAUCUAAAAUAAUGGAUGAUACAAGAUUACCGUUCAUUUUUUGGCUCGGACCACAACCUAUACUGUUUGUAAGUGAUCCUGAGGACGUGAAAAUUGUUACUAACGGCUUCCUUGAAAAGCCGUAUCAGUACGACUUCGGCCGCGACUGGCUCGGGGAUGGCCUUCUUACUGCACCAGGAGAAAUCUGGAAACGAAAUAUAAAGCUUAUAGCAGGCACGUUUUCCGCAAGCAUGGUAGAUGGUUUCCAACAGGUGUUUAAUAUAAAAGCGAGAGAAUUAGUUGAGAAUUUGAAAGCAGACAACAACAAACAGCCUUUUGAUGCGAUGCCCCAUUUAUCUAACAUUUCAUUAGCCGCCAUUUGUCAGACUGGUCUCGGAGUAACUUACACAUCGGAUAGUAAGCAGUCUCUAGAAUACUAUGACGCGUUCAAGAGUACAUUGGAACUGCUCCUUAAGCGGGGAUUAAAUCUGUUCUACCACUAUGACUGCAUUUACAGAUUUUCAUCAGAUUACGCCAAGUUUUUAAAAAACGUAGCUGUUUUGCAUAAUGUGUCAAAUACUGUGAUCAAUCAAAAGAUACAAGAACGAAAUAAAAUGGAUACGAGUAAGACCCAUAUAGAUUCCACAAUAGAAGGUCCAAAAAAAUCUAGUUUUAAAUCAAUAUUGGACGUUUUGUUAGAUCUAAAAGAAAUAGAUCCCAAUAUGGAUCUUAAUCGGAUAAAAUCAGAGGUGCAUACCAUUAUUUUUGGUGGACAAGAGACGGUUGCAAGCACGCUUGGUUACGCGUUGUUGAUGCUGGGUUGUCAUCCUAAUGUGCAAAAUAAAUUAUAUAACGAAGUAAAGCAAAUAUUUGAAGAUAAUAAAAGCGACUUGACAAAAGAGGAUCUUUCGUCGUUGGUUUAUUGCGAAGCAGUAAUACAGGAGACUCUGAGGCUGUACCCUCCUGUACCAAUAGUAACAAGGCAUGCUGAUCGAGAUGUUCAGAUAAAGUCAUGUAUAAUACCAAAAGGUACACUGUGUUCUCUACAUCUAUGGGGCGCUGGUAGAUCUCACCGUGCUUGGGGAGAGGAUGCAGAUAAAUUCCUGCCCGAACGUUGGCUUCUGCCGUCAACUUCGAGCAAUUUGGGUUAUAUGCCUUUUAGUGUUGGAAGAAGAUCUUGUAUAGGAAAAAGGUAUGCGAUGGCGAUCUUGAAAACCCUUUUAGCUCAUUGCGUAAAAGAUUUAAUAUUUGCGUCAGAAGCUGACAAAUUGGAAUUCCAAAUGGACGUCGUCUUGAGGGCUAUAGAGGGAAAUUUGUUGGAGGUGAAAUUAAGAGUA